AUGGCAAAGUUGUUGCGUCUUCCAUCACUACUUCUCUUAAUUUUUCUGGUCAGCUUACACAUUACUAUAUCAUCUGCCAAAGCAAGUUAUAAUGUACUAACUUUUGGUGCCAAACCAAAUGGCAAAACAGACUCCACCCGAGCCUUCCUUGAUGCAUGGACUGCAGCUUGUGGCUCUACUGAUUCAACUAUGAUUUACAUACCUAAAGGAAGGUAUUUGCUUGGCGCGCUUUCUUUUAAAGGUCAUAAGUGCACAAGUCCUGAUAUUACUAUAAGGAUUGAUGGGACCCUGAUUGCUCCCGAGGAUUAUCGCACACUUGGUCAAGCCAGCAAUUGGCUUAGCUUUGAACGUGUCAGCGGUGUCUCCAUUGUUGGCGGGGCUCUUGAUGCUAAAGGAUCAUCCUUGUGGGAUUGCAAAGCCAAAGGCAGCAAUUGUCCUGCUGGAGCUACGACUUUGAGUAUCGGAAGUUUAGCUAAGACCAUGGAAGAGGCCGGCGUCCAGAAUGUGACAGUUAAGAGGACUAUUUUUACAGGUACAACAAAUGGGUUUAGAAUAAAGUCAUGGGCUAGACACAGCACUGGGUUUGUCCAAGGAGUUCAAUUCAUUGGAGCAACUAUGAUUAAUGUCCAAAAUCCCAUCAUCAUCGAUCAAAAUUACUGUCCUCACAAUUUAAAUUGCCCCAAUCAGGUAUCGGGCAUACAAGUAAGUGAUGUCAUGUACCAAAGCAUUAGAGGAACAUCUGCUACACCAGUCGCCAUUAAGUUUGAUUGUAGCUCCAAAAAUCCAUGCAGAGGCUUACGAUUGCAUGAUGUAAAUCUGACCUACUUAAAUCGAGAAGCUCAAUCUUCUUGUGCAAAUGCAGUUGGAAAUACACUUGGCCAAGUUCAGCCAGAUAACUGUUUUUAUAAUGUGCUGACUUAUGGGGCCAGACCAAAUGGCAAAACAGACUCCACCCAAGCCUUCCUUAAUGCAUGGACUGCAGCUUGUGGCUCUACUGAUUCAACUAUGAUUUACAUACCUAAAGGAAGGUAUCUGCUUGGCGAGCUGUCCUUUCAAGGUCGCGAGUGCACAAGUCCUGAUAUCACUAUAAGGAUUGAUGGGACUCUGAUUGCUCCCGAGGACUAUCGUACACUUGGUCGAGCCAGCAAUUGGCUUAGCUUUGAACGUGUCAGCGGUGUCUCCAUUGUUGGCGGGGCUCUUGAUGCUAAAGGAUCAUCCUUGUGGGAUUGCAAAGCCAAAGGCAGCAAUUGUCCUGCUGGAGCUACGACUUUGAGAUUUGUGAACUCCAACAAUAUAAAGAUCAAUGGAUUGCUGUCACUAAACAGCCAAAUGUUCCACAUUGCGAUUAAUGGCUGCCAAAACGUGCAAGUUCAAGGAGUCAGAGUGAUUGCUGCUGGUGACAGCCCAAACACAGAUGGGAUUCAUGUCGAAUUAUCAACAAAUGUUGUGAUUAUGAACUCUUCGAUUAAAACAGGGGAUGAUUGCAUCUCAGUUGGACCUGGGACUAAGAACUUGUGGAUCGAAGGGGUCAAAUGUGGCCCUGGCCACGGCAUUAGUAUUGGAAGCUUAGGGAAAGAGCCGGAAGAGCCAGGGGUUCAGAAUGUGACAGUUACUAGGACAGUUUUUGCUGACACUCAAAAUGGGUUUAGAGUAAAGUCAUGGGCCAGGCCCAGCACUGGAUUCGUCCAAGAUGUUCGCUUCGUUGAUGCCAUCAUGAAUAAUGUUCAAAAUCCCAUUGUCAUUGAUCAACAUUACUGCCCUCACAAUUUGAAUUGCCCCAAUCAGGAGUCAGGCGUAAAAAUAAGUGAUGUGAUAUAUCAAGGAAUUAAAGGAACAUCUGCCACCCCAGUUGCUAUAAAAUUUGAUUGUAGCUCCAAAUAUCCAUGCGUGGGUAUAAGAUUGCAUGAUGUAAAUUUGACAUAUUCAAAUCAAGAAGCUCAAUCAUCGUGUGCGAAUGCAGUUGGAGAAACCCUCGGUCAAGUUCAACCAGAUGAGAGUGCACAACGUUUGCCCUUAUCUCCGAUGGACUAUCCAUCUGCCAUGAUCAACCCACGCGAAUGUCCAUUGAUAAUUAAAAAGUGA